UCUCUGUCUCUGUGUCACCGGAUAACGAGUGGAGGUUGCGAAUGUACCGUAUAGAGACAACAACACAAUGCAUUCUGGAAGCUGUUGAAGAGCAGCUUUUAGUAAUAAGAUGGAGGCUUUAGGAUAUGCAUAUUAUUCACCGCCUUGGAAAACAAAAUUACGAGAAGCAGGCAAAAAAAUAAGUAACCUUUUAACGUCUUUUGAGGAUUAUAUAGCUCCUGUAUAUUAUCUAGAUCGUUCUUAUAGGUCCGUUCAAAUGAGGCUGUAUACACUCACAAAGCGUGAAUUUGUUCUCGUUUUUGUUGCUUUCUUUGCCGCAUUCGGAAUUUCAGUACUUGUAGGAAUUGCAGGCCCUAGUGUGCAAUCUAUGGACAGUACGAAUGCAACCAAGCUGGUAGGACACAAUGUGAAUAUAGCUACUGGUCCAUUCACCCUCAGGUCACCGGCAUAUUCUAGGUUUAAUCAACAGCUUUGGCUCACAGCUUUGUUUUAUAUUCAGAAAGGAAAAGGGGAAAACAUAGAAAAAAAAUUUAUUUUGAGUGUGGAACUUCAAGGGCUGGAGGAAGACAGUCUUGUUGAUCCAUUAAAUUCAGAUGCUUUCAACCACACAAGAACAUUACGAUGCAGCCAUGAAAUAUGCGAUGAAUUGAUAAUUUUUCACCUUGGAACCAUUGAAUACACAAGCUAUAUAGUACAUAUCACUCUCAUUGGUCUCGAGGAAUUCCAUGUGCAAGAAAUUGCAUUUAAUUGGCGAAGCUUCAAUCCAUCGUUUACUCAGGUUGAGAUUUGGUUUCGAUUUGUGUUUUUAGUGAUGACAUUUAUUGUGACAUGUAUGUUUGCUCAUUCGCUUCGCAAGUUUACAAUGCGUGAUUGGUCGAUUGAGCAGAAGUGGAUGUCCAUCUUAUUACCUUUGAUUCUUUUGUACAAUGAUCCAAUAUUUGCUUUAACAUUCCUAGUUGACAGUGUGGUACCAUUGAUGCUAGACUCAGUAUUCCAGGCCUCAUUCUUGUGUACACUGCUUUUAUUUUGGCUUUGCGUGUAUCAUGGUAUUCGUCAGAGCAAGCGCAAGUGGUCGACGUUCUACAUCCCAAAGAUCAUUCUAGUCGGGUUGCUAUGGGCAUCUGCAAUUUCCCUAGCAUGCUGGCAGCAGUAUCAAGAAAAACAUGAUCCAACGUACGAUUACCGGGUAGAUUCAGGGAAUUAUUUGGCAAUGAAAAUCUUCUUUUUCAUAUUUGGUGGUAUUUACCUUCUGUACUUACUUUUCCUGGUAAUCCGUGCUUUCACUGAACUUCGAACUUUGCCCUACAUGAACUUGCGGUUGAGGUUUAUGACCAUACUCAUGUUAUUUGUUGUUGCUAUCAGCUGUUCCAUUGUUUUACUGAGGUUCGGAGUCCGCGUCUUGCAAGAUAACUACAUCAGCCAGUUAUCAACCUACUACAAAAACUCUUCAGAAUUUCUGACAUUCUAUGGACUGUUAAAUUUUUACCUGUACACAAUGGCCUAUGUCUAUUCACCCUCUGCAAAUGCGCACAAAGACUCAUAUUUCAAAGAAAAUCCUAACUUUGCAAUGCUGAAUGAUUCAGAAGAUGAGAUAAUCUAUGGAAGUGACAGUGAUGAUAAUGUCCACGCCUCGUUGACAGGGUCUCACAGAUAUCAUGAUGAUAGCGAUGAUGAAACAUUCAAGUGAAGAGGAUCCCGCAGUGAAGAAACACUAUGCUGCGAUUGUGCAAUUGAACAUCUGAAAAACACAACCCAAAAAUGUAUUGACAGUCUUAAGAUAAAAUGUAAUAUCAAUACCGUUGUUUAUUUUCCUUUUCAGAUAUCUAAAAAAGAUAGAAUAUGGAACAUGCAUGUAUCAUUAGAAAUAAUUCCUGGUUGAUGUUUAAGAAAAAAAUUAAAAAGAAUUAAUCAUCGUAUCAGAUAUCAAUUUCACCUUUUUUGAACUUUUAUUUUAAUUGACUUUAAUACAUUGACUUUGAAUUUCUGUACAAUUUGAUAAUUACAAAUUGCUUAAAUUUAAUUAUUGUACGAUUUUAUUUCAUCAAUAUUGACUGAUAAACUCAGCUGACAAUAACAAAGAUAUGUAGAUGAUUUUCGAGUUCACAUUUUUAAUCUUUUAUUUUAAGUGACAACAUUCUCUACCAAACUACAGUACCUUGUUGGUCAGUUUCUCACUUCUGUUUAUUUCACGUGUUCAAAAUAUACAGGUACUUUUAUGAAUCAUUAAUUAACUUAUUUCUGAACUUAGUUAAUAUAGUUUCCACCAGAUUAUAAAGUAACCCAUUGAAUUUCCCUAAUAUUCUCUAUAAUAGGCAUGUAUUAGUCCUCACUUUUUUUGUUGUUUUCUCUCGAUAGUAAUGCUGUGGUUACCAUAACAUAGGAAUCCCACCACAAAAAUGUCCCAUUUAGCUUCUUUUUAAAAUAUACCAUAUCAUAAAGCCUAUAAUUUAAAAACAAAUAUGUGAACAUGUUUGAUCUUUAUUUUCAUGUAAUAUAUGACCAUGAGAUGUAUUUUGAAAAUUGUUUGUAUUUAUACUGGGGAACCUCUUCAGAAUGUAGCUGCUUCCCCCACAUGGCCAAGUUAAGCUUAGUUGCAAACAAUCCUGGUCUGAACAGAAUUUAAAACCUAUGACCCAGGGAUUGAAGUUCAAGCAUCUUAAGCUUUAAAAAUUGAAUUUAUUCAUUUGAAAACUUUUAGUGAAUUUUUUAUAAUUUAUUUUCACUAUUCAAAACUCUUAACUAUUUUUUUUUUUUUUAAGAAAUCUAUUAUAAAUCUAUAUAUUUAGGCUUGUACAUAAUAAUAAUGCUAUCUAUCAAUUUUGUAUACUUGGGAAAUGGUAUAAGAUUAAUCAGUUGUAUUAUAGGUCACUGUGUACCUAAUUGAUCCAAGUAAAUUUGACAAACAAUUAUAAAUAAUACUUAAUGUUUUCAGACAUUCCUUUUACUGUUUCCAGUCAGUUUGUUUCAGACAUGUAGGGUUUUGUGUAAUAGUAUUGAAAUGUUCUUGGAUCUUUGUUAUAAGUGUUGUUGAAGGCAAAUAUGUAUUCUUCAUCAUUAACUAUAUUUCUAUCUACUUAAAUUUUUUCAUUGGCUGAUAAUAAUGUGUAUUCAUCUAAAAUAAAGCUUUGUUCAAACUAUGUAGAUUCCUGUGAUUUGACUUAAUGUUGGUGUGAUAUGACACCAUGCCCAUAUAUGGGUAUGAAAUGACAUGAUCAUGCCUAUAUAUGGUUGUGAUGACAUGGUUAUGUCCAUAUAUAGUGCAAUAUGACAUGCCCAUAUAUGGAUGUGAUAUGACACCAUCAUGCCCAUAUAUGGCUGAGAUAUGACAUGAUCAUGCCCAUAUAGGGUUGUGAUAUAACAUCAUCAUGUCUGUAUAUGGGAAAAUCACACAAUUUUGUCUUCUAAAACCUGAUGGUGUAAAUCCCUGUUCCGCAACCUUUUUAGACCAUGACCCAAAUUAUAUGUCAAGCAUUCUGACGCGACCCAUCGAACCCGAAGUGAUAAAACGUCCGUCGUUUUAUACGUGCGAGGGAUAGCGGGAAGAACCACCCACUUGUUUCUUUUGUGAAUUGAUUGAAAGAUAUUAUCACCCACAGAAUAACUUUGUAAAACCCAUACAAAUGAAAAUGUAACUUUGAAUUACUCAUUCACCAAAAUCACGUAAGUUAUCAAAUUUUUUAAGAAGUUAAAACUUUUUAAAAAUUAUAUUAUUAUAAAUUCCUAGUGCUGCCAGAGAUUUAUGUGUUAUGCGAAGACAGACACAUUAAAUAUAAUAAUGUUUUCUCAAUAUAAUUUGCAACUGAAAGCCUAACACAUUGAAAUGAACAAAACUAGCCUAAUAUUUUAAAGUUGUCAUACCUGAAGUACAAAUGUUUUGAUAGUGUAUUUUUAACAUGAAACUUUAAUAAAACAAAUAAAACAAAAGUAAACAAAAGCACUUGCCACACUUAAUUGCACUUUCGUUAACUGUAAUUUAAUUUUGUUUGUUUUUGUUCGUGUUAAGUAAAAUUUUCACGAUCUGAAGAGAUUAUACGACCCAUCAAUUUUUUUCGUGACCCAAACAUUGGGUCGCGAUUCAUAGGUUGCGGAAUGGUGGUGUAAAUGGAGCUAUAGUAUUCUUCGAUUUUUUUUCGGCUGACUAAUAUUUUGUUAGAUAUUUUAUGCAUAUUAGUUGUUUAUUGUGCAAUUAGGAAUAUUCCAAAUAAUGAAUUUGUUUAGACAUUUUUUUCUUUUUUGAAUUAAUUUAUUAAUUUAGAAUUUAUUGAGAAAUAAUUCUAUUAAUGCAUUUGUUUUAAAAUGAUUUAUAAAUUAUUUAAAUUGUAUCCUUAAAUGUAUUUAUAUCUGACAUUAAUUAAAAACAUAAGAUUAAAAAUAUUUGCUUCAUUAGAAUUAUUAAAUUUUAAACAUUUUCACCUUUUUCAUUUUAUUAUUCUUUGCUUUUAAAACUUUUUGUGAUAGAAUUUGAGAUUAUGGAACUCAAACAAUAAUUUGAAAUUUAAAAAUUAAGUGAAUUGUAUGAAUUGUAUUUAUACUUUGUAUAGUAAGUUUGUUAAUUUGGCUGUUUCUUUUUAUCAAUAAUUUAUUUAUUGAUUUUUGUCUUUUAUUAAUGUGUAUGUUGAAUUACCAUCUGGACAUCAACAUAAUUUCAUGCGAUUUAUACACAUAUGUUGCUAUUGUGUUAAGUUGGGCUUACACUGCUUUGGCCAACGAAUCUAUUUCCGCUCUCUGUAAAAUGAUGCCUUGUACAUUUGUUUCUCCAUGAAAAUGUUGACCAACAGUCGAAUGCCGUAUUGUGCAUUCGGCUCUGACCCAAGUUCCCGCACAUAAAACACUUCCGUAGAAACUGCGUGUUUAUAUCGAUGCACUCUGUUAUGGUGUGGUCAGUUUUUUUCUUGUCUUAAUUGGGACAUACGCACAAUUCAUCAACUAGAAAUAUUCUAAUAUUGCAUUUAUACAGAUUUCCGAGUGUUCUCUGUAAUUUGUUCUUUAUGUGCCUUGAAAAAUACUGGAUUUGUUAUAAUUGUCUAUUUAAUUCUUUUAGCCAAAGUUGAUGUAAAGUAAAUAAAACUAUGGUAUUAUACAAAUGAUAAUACAGGUCUCCCUCCAAUUAAAGACCACCCCAAUUAAAGACCACCCCAAUUUCCUUUGGUCCUAAAUGUCUUUUUUAUUAUUUUAAUCAUAGACCAAAGCUGCUAAAGACCAUUGAAACCCCCGGUCCAAAAAGUGUUAUUUAAUUGGAGGAAGACCUGUACUAGAGUACACAUGCGUAUGGUACACACAGGAAAUAAUAUUUUCUAUGAUGUCCAUAAGGAUAACCAUUAUGAUAUUCAGCAGUUAUCCUAUAAAUGUACAUAUUCCUCUGUAAACUAUGAUAAACGUUCCAAUUUAUUUGCUAAUGGUAUUUUUUCUGUACUUUUAUUUUCUUUUUGUAGUAUAAUGUGAUAGCCAAAUGUAUUAUGUGCAUUAAAAUGUGUGUACAUGUA